AUGGCGAUGCUGUCCUAUGUCCAAUAUAUCUUGUUCAUACUGGUUCUGUACUAUCAAGGUGUCUACUGUGAGUCAAGUGAGACAAGUGAGACAAGUGUGCCAGUAGUUCAUGAUAAUUGCACCGUCGAAUACAAUGGAAAUUUGCUAACAGAAGGCCAAACUAUUGAAAUGAAAAAAAAGCUUUACAAAAUCGAAGACUGCGGAAUCCAUCGGGCGUAUCAUGCGUGUGGAGUUUAUCUCUUACAAAUGGUCAGUAUUGCUUGUGAUAUUCUUCGAAGAGAUGUACGUUCACUACCAGCUACGAAACGUGUUCGACGAUCAAUACGACGAAAAUUACUUACUGAAGCAUGCUGUGAAACGUUAUGUACUGUUGCAGAAAUGACACGCUAUUGUCCUAGGCAUUGA